ACUUACGUGUGUGUGUGUGUGUGUGUACAGGCCUAUAUACAGACUACAGGCCUACUAAGGCAAACCAGUUUGCUCAAAGCCAACAGGCCCAACCUGUCUAUCUUUAGAUACGGCAUGCUAGGAGAGGGCGUGUUUACUGACGAGCUCAGGUCCAACCACAUUGAUGAAAGUCCAAUCCAGGUAACCGCAGGUGACUCAGUAAUUCAUUCACGGUGUUGCCAGGGUCACGCACAGAGCAACUUUGCCGGAUCCACUGACAACACUCGUGAACGUUAAAGAGGCCACACUGCAAGAAGAUCCGCUCUUCACUUUCCACAGUAAAGGAAGGCUGUCAGCGCCGGGCAAACAAUGAAGCCGCAGUUUUUGCUACCUGCGACCGUAGUGGUGUCGGUCGCUUUGGUGGGGAUCAUGAAACUGCGGAAAGGUGAGCACGAAAAAUACGAGAAGCAGUUCAAGUUUCAGGAUGUCAGACUGCGGGUUGCCUUUGAUGUGCUGGGAGAAUAUCAGAACGAUAAGGCAGAGAAGCAGAACAUGCUGGAAAAGGCCAGCACUGAGCAUAAAGCGCUGGAGGAGGAGGUGAACAAGCUCCAGACCGGCGGGGACAAGUCAAAGGGAGAUACGGACGCCUGCCAGGCAGACCUGAAGGCAAUAACAGAUGAGGUGGCAGCAGCAGAGACACAGUUAAAAAGUCUGAAAGCUGACCAGGAAAAAGAGAAGACGAGCUGGACAACAGAAGAAGACACUCUGAAGCAGGAACUAGCAAAACACAGCUUAGCGUGCCAGUUCAUAAAAACAGAUAAUGCAGAAGCUAGAACUCUGUGUGGAAUACAAGAGCAACCAAAGGCUGAAGCCCCCAAACAAGAAGAGGCAAAGGCCGAGGCUCCCAAACAAGAGCAACCAAAGGCCGAGGCCCCCAAACAAGAAGAGGCAAAGGCCGAGGCCCCCAAACAAGAGCAACCAAAGGCCGAGGCCCCCAAACAAGAAGAGGCAAAGGCCGAGGCCCCCAAACAAGAAGAGGCAAAGGCUGAGGCCCCCAAACAAGAAGAAGCAAAGGCUGAGGCCCCUAAGGCUUAAAAGGCUAAAGAAAUUGGACCCAUAAGAUCAGGCAUGGACACUAGUAUCCUGGACUUGGUCUAAUUUGGUGUGUGAUAUAUAAAAGAACAAGGAUAAAUCUAGUUAGACAGAAGGGUUAAGAUACCCGAUAACGGUGCACAUGGUAAACAAUACUCUAGUUUCUUGAUACUGAGAUAGCCAACUGUCUAAAAGCAGCACGUGAAGUUUAUGUGAAUGAUAAAAGGUCCUACUGUAAAUUCAUAGAUAGGAAUUCAGUUUUGCUUAUUUUGUUUUUAUAAUUUAACAUUGGAUCAUUUAAGUUCAGUUUGAGUCUUUUAAAAUGUUUUAUGGGUGACAUUUGUCAGGGGGAAGAUGCAAGUGGUUCAGAAUAGGCGUGCAACAGUUUGCGAAGGUGUUUCACUCACAGUCAUAUGGACGUGCUAAGAUUCAAUUAAAAAAUCAUCAGAUAAGUUGUGUUGUCAGAUCUAUUUUAUUUUGGUAAUCUUCAGUUUUACUUUUCAGUUUACAACCCCAACUCCUUAAAAAGUCAGGAUGCAGUGUAAAAUGUAAUAAACACGUCUCAAAGAAGUUGGGACAGGGCCAUUUUUACCACUACAUAGCAUUCCCUCUUCUUCUUCUUCUUCUUCUUCUUCUUUUUUUUUAAAUACUUUUUUUUAAAUUAUAGGAUUUUUGCCUUUAUUUGAUAGUUGAUCAGUGUAGAUUAGACAGGAGAGAUGGUGAGAGAGAGCAGAAGAGAACACACAGGAAAGGGCCAGAGGUCGGACUGGAAACCUGACCGGUGGAUUUUAGCCACAAGGCAUACGGGUGCACGCUCAACGAGUGAGCCAAGCUGGCGCCCCAUCACCUUUUCUUUUAACAGCAAAGUAAAUGUCAGGGAACUGAAGAGAUCAGAUGAUGGACUUUUGGGAGAGGAAUGUUUUUCCCAUUCUUAUCUGAUCAACAGUCCCGGGUCUUCUUUGUUGUAUUUUUAGAUUCAUGAUGUGGCAAAUGUUUUCAAUAGGUCUGGACUGCGGGCAGGCCAGUUCACCACCUGGACUCUUCUACUUCAGCAUUGUCUUUCUGAAAUAUGCAAGGCCUUCCCUGUAAAAGAGUUUGUCUGGAUGGGAGAAUGUUCAUUUAAAACCCAUAUAUAUCUUUCUCUCCUCAGUCAUGUCGCUGACCUGUUACUAGUAGUACUACUUACUCUUCCAGCCUUUUGUUUCCAUCCCAACUUUUAAUAUUAACCUUGUUUAAGAGGAACAAUGUUUAUCUGCUGUGGUUCAGUUGAAUUUAUGGCACAAAAGUAAUGCGAAACUGUAAACUAACUAUGUUUUGACUGAUUGGUUGUAUGCAUGUAAUAUCUUGUAAAUAGUAUGCUUGAGUUUAGGUGUAAAAAAUUAAAUGAAAAGAAAUUAAAUGCAUGUCUUUUGGCAUUUUCAAACAGUAGGGGGAAUAUUUCUGUAAUGUAAGUUCAAAGUCUCCACAGCAGUCUUUUUUAAAAUUAAGUAGCAGAAUAAUUACACAGAAAUGCACUAAGAGUUAUUAUAGUGCAAGAAAAACCUCAAUUAUAUAUGCAGGGCACAUUAUUGUUCUUAAAAAUGGAACAUCAUGAUUAUUUGUGUGUGAAAUGGAGUGCUGUGGCAUGCUGCAAAUUUUGGUAUCAAUCCGAUACCAAGUAAAAGGGACAAUAUUGCCAAUACCAAUAAUGGUAUCAAUACUUUUAGAUUUAUUACUUAUAAAGGCAGCUUAUGGAGGGAAGAGCCGCGUGUCAUGACUUUUGAGAUGAAUCAUCAUCAGUUUGCAAAUUCUGAACAUAUUUUAAUGACCAGUAAAUCAAUGUGAUUUUUGCUUUCAACAUCACACCUUUCAGCGUUUCAUGUUUUUUUAAAUUGUUUUUUUUUUUGGGGAUACUUGAAAUGAAUGUACCAAUCUCUAAAGCACUUUGAGUCAACUUCUGUUGUUUAAAUGU